GUGCUAAGUUAGCAACCGGUGAUGUGCUUACUUAUAUUUUUGGACUCUCACUGCGAAACUAAUGUGAAUUGGCUACCACCUCUUCUUGAUCCAAUUUCUAAGAAUUACCGGACAGUAACAUGCCCUUUUAUUGAUGUGAUUGAUGCAGACACCUUCGAAUACCGUGCUCAAGAUGAUGGCGCUCGUGGAGCGUUUGACUGGAGUUUUUACUAUAAGCGUCUUCCAAGGUUAUCAGUUGACAGUCUUCAUCCAGAAACACCUUUUGACAGUCCAGUGAUGGCAGGUGGCCUGUUUGCUAUUAGUAAAAAAUGGUUUUGGGAACUGGGAGGCUAUGAUCCUUCUCUUGAUAUCUGGGGUGGGGAACAGUACGAAUUGUCUUUCAAAAUUUGGAUGUGUGGUGGACGUCUAAUCGACGUUCCCUGUUCAAGAGUUGGACACAUUUUUCGCGAAUAUCCGACAAAUUUUCCGCAACCAAAACUAAAGGGUUUUUUAGCAAGAAAUUUCAAACGUGUCGCAGAAGUAUGGAUGGAUGAAUAUAAAGAGUACAUAUACAGAAGUUUGCCAAAAUGUAGAAAAGUGGACCCUGGUGAUUUAUCACAACAGCACAAUCUCAGAAAACGGCUUCAAUGCAAGUCUUUCAAAUGGUUUAUGACAGAAAUAGCGUUUGAUUUAACGAAAGCCUACCCACCUCCUGAGGAUGUCUUAUUUGCCACCGGAGAAAUACGUUCAGCUGCUUUUCCUUAUCUGUGUAUAGAUGCUGCAAGAGCCACCAAACGAUUACCGGUUAAAUUAAGUUUUUGCAGUGCAACUAGUAAAAUGUAUAAUUACGGCCAGGAUUUCGAAUAUUAUUUGAAAGAAGAUAUUAAGGCUGUGAAACGAUCUUUAUGUUUAGAUGUACCAGAUACCAAGCCCAACAAACCAGUCGUAUUUCACACAUGCCAUGGUCAAAAUGGAAAUCAACACUGGCAUCUACAGUCAGCUUAUAGAAACAAGGAAAGUCCUGUUAAUAUAGUACAUUCAACUUCCGGUUUGUGUUUAGACAUAAAUCUGAAAAGUUUGUCAGUUUUGGUAAGGCAGUGCAAUUCGAAUUUACGUACUCAAAGAUGGAACUGGAGGGGUUUACGAUUUAAAACUACUUUUACCAAAUCAAUAAUAAAAAAUAAACUGUAGUAGUAAAUGAGAUUAGUUUUUCCACUUAUGACCAUUUUUCUGUUUAUUUGUAAACUGUGAUAUUUAAAUUAUUUUUUAAUCUAAUGUUAUGCAAUAAAAGUCAUUGUUUUCCUCUCACAUUUACCUUCACUAUCUUUGAUGUCGUAUACCAAGUGUAUGAGAAGAAUAAUACCAUUGCCUUUAAGUAUUUUUAU